CAUUCGGACCCAUAAUGGCCACUCUACAGUUCUGGCUUCAGUUUUUGCCCUCAACGUGCUGAACUAUAACCUUUGCCCCGCCCACUAAUGUAACACGCUGUUAAAUGCUGCAGCAUGGCUUCAUCGGCUAAGAAGAGAGCGAUAGGUUUGGGUGAAAAUCCAGACGAAGAAGAAAGCAGCUCCGAUAAGAAUUCGGAGGAGGAGGAUGAUUCAGAGGAGGAAGACAGCGAGGAGGAAAUUAAUGAGGAGGUCAUGGUGGAUUUUGAAGCCCACAACAUUUCAGGCAACGACUUCAAUGGCAUAAAGAAACUUUUACAGCAGCUGUUCCUGAAAGCUCAUGUAAACACAUCAGAGAUGACAGACAUCAUCAUCCAACAGAAUCACGUAGGAAGUGUCAUCAAGCAAGCUGAAGUACCAGAGGACAGCGAUGACGAUGACCCUGAUGAAGUGUUUGGCUUUAUCACCAUGCUAAACCUUACAGAAAGAAAGGGUUUGCAGUGCGUGGAGGAAGUCAAGGAGCUGAUUCUAGACCAGUGCCAGAAGAACGCUCCUCACAGUGCGACAGAACAGCUGGAACAGAUCUUCAGUGACACCAGCAAGCCUGUUGGGCUACUGCUAAGUGAACGCUUCAUCAAUGUACCUCCACAGAUUGCCCUUCCUCUGCACAAACAGCUCCAGGAGGAAAUGGAUGAAGCUCAGAGGACAAAUAAGCCCAGUGGGAGAUGUCACUUUUGCCUCAUGAUCAGCAAGACCUGCAAAGAAGCAACAAAGAAUAUUCCAGCCAGAGGAGGUGUUCCCAAAGAGGAGUACAUAUUCGUCAAUGCAGAGGAGGAAUUCUUUUAUGAGCAAGCCAUCCUGAAGUUCCACUAUUCAGUCCAGGAGGAGGCAGACUCGUGUUUAAGUGGCAGGUGGUCAUUUGACGACGUACCCAUGAAGCCUUUCAGGACAGUGAUGUUGAUACCUACAGACAAAAUGCCUGCCAUCAUGGACAAACUGAAAGAAUACCUAACAGUGUGAAGUGUGUAUUAACUUCAGGUAUAUGUAGAACAUGUGUAGACCUCCAGGUUAAUCAAAAUUGUUCUAGUUUUCAGUUUAUCUCAAAGAAACAGUUUUUUUACAGUCAGCUAUAGCAUUGUCCUUUUUCAACAACUAUAUAUUUUACAAGAUUUAUUUGGAAACAAUGCAAGAAUAACUCAGUAAUAUUGCUUAAAUGUAAAAAAAAAAAAAAAAAAAAAAAAAAAUCAAUGGAUGGUGCUGUGGAUCAUUUUCUAAAGUGGGUUAUGAACUUGAAUGAUAAAAGAUUUUGGUCUUAAGUUUUGGAAGAUGGUGAAUGGGGGUUGUGAAAUUACAUAAUUAUAUUUUAGAGCUUGUGCAUUUAAAAAAAAAAGUAGUUUUUUUGUCCAAACUUUUGUGCUUAAUGCAGAAUUAUCUUGAUUUUUUUUCCAUAAAAGUGCUUUAGGAAUAAAUCACUAAAAGCAGAUUCUUAUGAGUGAACCAAAAUAUAGCUUUGUUUACUUGAAUUCCAAAUAUCUGUACAUCGCUUGUCCUGGUGAAGAAUCAAAUGCCUGUUUCCACUUUCAA